AUGUCAAGUUCAAAUUUAUCUGCUUUAAUGUUGCCAAACGAAUACUCAGAAGAGAAACAUAUGGCAAAUGCAAACACUGAGCAAAGCUCAUCACGAGGUUCUGUGGCUAUACUCUGGGACAUCGAGAAUUGUCCAGUGCCAAGUGAUGUCCACCCAGAAGAUGUGGCUGGUAAUAUUAGGAUGGCUUUGCGGGUCCAUCCUGUAAUUGAUGGAGUUGUCACAACGUUCUCCGCAUAUGGAGAUUUCAAUGCAUUUCCCAGGCGACUACGGGAAGGGUGUCAGAGAACAGGUGUUAAACUCAUUGACGUACCUAAUGGGCGGAAGGAUGCAGCUGACAAGGCUAUCUUGGUUGACAUGUUCCUUUUUGCUCUUGACUAUCGUCCGCCAUCUUCCAUCGUGCUCAUCUCUGGGGAUGUUGAUUUUGCUCCCGCACUCCAUGUUUUGGGCCAGCGUGGAUAUACUAUCAUCCUUGUCAUUCCUACUAGGGCGAGAGUUUCAUCUGCUCUGAGUAAUGCAGGCCAGUUUAUUUGGGACUGGCCGAGUGUGGCUCGUGGGGAAGGAUUUGUGCCUCCUGCUAAAGGUUUACUUCCUCCUUAUGUAGUUCCGACAAACAUUACUGGGUUUUUAACGGGAUGCGAGAUCAAUGACAACUUACAUUGGCAGAAUGAAGAAGAAGCAGUAGUCUAUAGAGGAAUCUCAAAAGGCUGUUGCAACAAAAGGGAUUUCUCAUUGAUCUCACACUCUCCAUUUGAAUAUAAUAGUAGUUCAAUAACAAUGCCCUAUUAUCCUACAUCUUCCAGAUCACAUGGCCUCUCAUCUGGGUUGAAUGAAGUUUCAGCAAGACCUUUUACUUCAUGUGACCAGGAUGACUUCAUGUGGGUUCAACCUGGAGAUUUGAAUGGUUUAAAGGGCCAACUGGUAAAGUUGCUUGAAUUAUCAGGUGGGUGUUUGCCUCUAAUCCGUCUUUCUGCAGAAUACCAGAAAAUCUAUGGGAGGCCUUUGUAUGUGUCUGAAUAUGGAGAACUUAAGCUUGUAAAUCUUCUGGAGAAGAUGGGUGAUGCAAUGGCUAUUGAAGGAAGAGGCACAAGGAAGUUUGUCUACCUCCGUAACGCCCGUCCCUUAAUUUUAGCGAAGAGGGAUAAGAAAGGAAAAGAAGCUCAAGAUCCCAUUGAUGUUAUUGCAGAAGCUGGAUCUUCUGAAGAACCCUCAGAUGAUGAAAGGGUGGUUGUAAAGGAAUAUGAUGACAACAGUGGAAUAGAGAAAUCUAAUUUAGAGAUGACACCUCAAUCUGAAAUUUUCGACCAGUGCCUCAACCUGUUCAAAUACGACCUUCAAGAGAUUUUGGUAAGCUACUAUAGUCGCAUCUCUCUCGGUUGUUUUGAUGCGAUCUACCAGCAAAAAUACAAACGAUCAAUCGAUUAUCAAAGCUUUGGCGUGAAUAAUUUGGAGGAGCUUCUAGACAAGGUAAGAGACAUUGUCGUAUUGCAAGAGGAACCAGUAAGUAAAAGGAAGUUUCUGGUUGCUGUCUGUGGCUAG